AGAUGAUAAAAAAGUAUAAAACCACAAUGAAACGAGCACAAAUGCUCUCUAAUCUAGAAUCCUAGAAGACACUAUAAUUUUUCCAUGUUUUGCAAAUGUUUCACCAAGGUGACUGUGUUGGAGAUAUGCCAAGUCAGCCUUCCCAGACGGCGUAUUAAUUUUACGAUAGAACUUGGUAACGGUCACACUGUAGUAAUUUGUAUUCGAAAGCAGGAUCCAUAACACUGAAAAGGAUAGCUCUCAAUUUAUUUCAUUUAAAUCGGACUAAAACAAAACACACACAACUGAAUUUGUCGUAAGAGUAUGCUAGCUCGUAAGCUCGGAAGCCUAGGAGUAUUCUCCUGUGCUGGAGUAUCGUCUAAACAUCUAGAAAAAGAGAAAAGUGCAAAAUCAUAUGCAUUGUUCGAAAAGCGUUACCUCCUUGGGGCAGUCCUAGGUAGCGGUGGUUUUGGAACUGUUUACGAAGGAAAAGACAGAGAUACAGGGGCAGAGGUUGCUGUCAAACAUGUAGAAAAAGCCAAGGUUAGCGACUGGGCCAAUUUGAAUGGCCACAAGGUCCCCCUUGAAGUUCUUCUUCUGAAGAAAGUCACCCAUGUGGAUGGAGUAGCCCGCUUGAUAGACUAUUAUGAAAAAAGCGAUGCAUUUGUUCUUGUCCUAGAACGGCCACAGCCUGCCAAAGACUUAUUUGACUAUAUCACAGAGAGUGGACCUCUCCAAGAAAAUAUUGCCAAAAACUUUUUCCGCCAAAUUGUGCAAACAACAAUAGAAAUUCAUCAGUGUGGUGUUGUACACAGAGACAUGAAAGAUGAAAAUAUUCUCGUUGAUACAGACUCUAUGGAACUAAAAAUUAUUGACUUUGGUUCCGGUGCAUUGCUCAAAGACUCAGUCUACACAGAUUUUGAUGGAACUAGAGUUUAUAGUCCUCCAGAAUGGGUGAAGUCUAACAGAUAUCAUGCCCGCCCCGCUACAGUAUGGUCCCUCGGGGUAUUGCUGUACGAUAUGGUGUGUGGUGACAUUCCUUUCGAGCAAGAUGAACAGAUCUGUAAAGCCGACUUGGUCUUUAGAGAUCCUUCAGUAUCAUCAGAAGUGAAAGACCUGAUCUUAAAAUGCUUAUCAUUGAAACCUUCAAGUCGUCCAACCUUAGACGAGGUAUUGAAUCAUCGCUGGUUGAAACCUAUGGACAGUUUAGGCGUCGACAUGGGUAACAUGUCACUGAACAAUAUUAGUCGCAAUUCAAGUGGUGUAUCACUUGAUGAACGUUCCAUCGAGAAUAUGUCAAUUAGUGCGGACAGUAGCUAUGGUGCCAGUUUAUGAUAACUGCUAAGCAAGAGAUAAAAUACAAGCAAUCUCAAUGCAAUGUCGUUAUCGGCCAACAGCUUCCAUUGACCAAGCAGAAACGACAGGGUGUCGAAACAUCAUGGCCCUUCCACAUGGACUUGUGUUCAAAACUGCUUUAAGGUGCUAAUUCAACCAACUUCUAUGUCAGAGCAACAACAAUGCAACAUGGCAACUGGUUACCAUGGUGACGGUGGUUAAACACCUAAAAGUCCUUUGGUGACUAGAUGCCGCUACUGUGCUCUUUAAAUGCAGCUUCUGUCAAAUCAGAUAGAUGCUAUUAUGUAUAUAAUGCUUAACGUAAUUUAUUGUUCACGGCUGUAUGUCGUGAAUACUGUAUAUAAUGGCCCAGCCAUGCUGUAAGAUAGAUUGUAUAUAAAGAUCAUUCAUUCAGUCAUUACACCCUUAUACCUCAUAAAUGGCUUACAACACAACAAAAGGCUAGAUGUAAAAGCACAGUUGAAGAGUAACACUAUGAUGAUGUUGAGGAGUUUCCUUCGGGAAAACGACCAUUGACGUCAUAGUGAUAUCUCUUAAGUAAUCCGACAUAAGUUGAGUGCGAUCUCUGUGAGUUUACAUCAGCUUCAACCGUAGAAUCAAGUCGAUGUUGUCAAUCUUCUGUUGACGGUGUUCCAAAAUUUGGAACUUUAUCGAAAUUUGUGCCAAAAAUGUGUUGUUUAGACCUUAUUUAAUGUAACAUUUUUAUCUUCACGAAUAUUUUGACUUUUUGAAAGCAAGAUAGGUUUUCAUUUGACAUGGUGAAAAAUUAAUUUAAAAAUCGAUAAAUCCUUAUUACAAUCUUGACGAUAAAUUGAUAUGUGUAAACCAUUGGCUGAAAAAAGAACACACCUCUUUUAGAAAAAAUUAAACGUACUAAGUUACACUUUUAUUUAGGCCAUUCAUUUGUUAAAAAAUGUCAUAAAAUGUCUAGGUUAUAAAGUUAUGAAUGAAACGGCAGAUGAAAGUUUUUGCAUCUGCGAAAAUUAUCUAGAUUGUUUCCAUAUUCAAAUGUAAAUAACCACCAUUUACAUAAAGCUGUUCCAUUUAUUGUUCUUGUAAUUUUUUGUGCAUUAUUUAAGUUUGUAUUAUGUUUAUUGUUAACCAUUGAGCUUACACAAAGGCAUGUUCCAAAUUAGGGGCACUAUCUUGUGAAAGUUAAAUGGACUUUAAAUUAUUGAUUUGUGGUUCAAUUUGAACCAGUCAACACUCAAUGCAAACUGUUUGUUCAGUAUGAACAAUAAGUGAUUAGUAUAUAUGUUAGAUGAUUCGGAUUUAUUUAGAAUUUUGAGAUGGUCAAUUAAUUCACAAAAUUCUGUUAUUUUGAGAAGUGGAAAAUUAUUUUGAAAACUGUCAACUGUUUCGAAAUUGUAUCAAAAUUCCUGGAACUGAAAAUCUAAUAUGGAAAGUAGUAAUAUGAAAUCUGUAAUGCUUCAAUUAAGACAGUGGCCUGAGUAUGCCAUAUAUGGUGUCUUAAAUGUUGAUAGCAUAGAUUUUAUAGUGGAAAGAUCUUGAAUUGAAAAAACCAAAGACUUGUUGAAAUGUAUAUACUCAGAACUGUAUUAUUUUUAUAAAAGAAAGAAUAAAAGAAUGAAAUUUAA